CAGCGCUGGACGGUUGAGUUGGGGUGACUGAGGAAAUCCAUCCGCGUCGCCGCCGCUGCCGCCUCCGCCGCGGAGGAAGACAGGACCUCCCGCGCUGCUCUAGCGACCCUUCGCAGAGUCCCACCGCCACAGGCCUCGGGCCAGCGGCGAGGAGCUGUCUCCCCCAGCCCCCGUCCCGCGGCCCCCCGCCGCCCCCAACCCCGCCCCACGGGCCCGGCGCCAUGAGUGAGCUGGAGCAACUGAGACAGGAGGCUGAGCAGCUCCGGAACCAGAUCCGGGAUGCCCGAAAAGCAUGUGGGGAUUCAACACUGACCCAGAUCACAGCUGGGCUGGACCCAGUGGGGAGAAUUCAGAUGAGGACGCGGAGGACCCUCCGCGGGCACCUGGCAAAAAUCUAUGCCAUGCACUGGGGGACAGAUUCAAGGCUGCUGGUCAGCGCCUCCCAGGACGGGAAGCUCAUCAUCUGGGACAGCUAUACCACCAACAAGGUCCAUGCCAUCCCUCUGCGCUCCUCCUGGGUCAUGACCUGUGCCUACGCGCCCUCAGGGAACUUUGUGGCCUGUGGGGGGCUGGACAACAUCUGCUCCAUCUACAGCCUCAAGACCCGUGAGGGCAAUGUCAGGGUCAGCCGGGAGCUGCCUGGCCACACUGGGUACCUGUCGUGCUGCCGCUUCCUGGAUGACAACCAAAUCAUCACCAGCUCUGGGGACACGACCUGUGCCCUUUGGGACAUCGAGACAGGACAGCAGACGGUGGGUUUUGCCGGACACAGUGGAGAUGUGAUGUCCCUGUCGCUGGCCCCUGAUGGCCGCACCUUUGUGUCAGGUGCCUGUGACGCCUCCAUCAAGCUGUGGGACGUUCGGGAUUCUAUGUGCCGACAGACCUUCAUUGGCCACGAAUCAGACAUCAAUGCCGUGGCUUUCUUCCCCAAUGGCUAUGCCUUCACCACGGGCUCCGAUGAUGCCACGUGCCGCCUCUUUGACCUGCGGGCUGACCAGGAGCUCCUCAUGUACUCCCACGACAACAUCAUCUGCGGCAUCACCUCUGUUGCCUUCUCCCGCAGCGGCCGGCUGCUGCUCGCUGGCUACGACGACUUCAACUGCAACAUCUGGGACGCCAUGAAGGGUGAUCGUGCAGGUGUCCUUGCUGGCCACGACAACCGCGUGAGCUGCCUUGGGGUCACUGAUGAUGGCAUGGCUGUGGCCACAGGCUCCUGGGACUCCUUCCUCAAGAUCUGGAACUAACAGCUGCCACCCCACUGAGCCCAGGCCAGGAGGGGCCCUGCCCAUGCCCACACUACAGACCGGGAGCUUUGGGGCUGGGUGCACACCAAGCCCCCCUCCCCGGGCCACCGGGCCUUGGGUCCCUGCUCCCCUACCCAGGUUUGGUUCCUCCCGGGGGCCCCCACUGUGGAGAUGAAGAUGGGAUAGAAUGGGGGGGAGAGGAGGGGCAGAAAGCCCUCAUCCUUUUGCUGCCCUGGGGUUGGGGCCUCAUCCCUCUGGAGGGCCAGAGGCAGGAGGUAGACACUCCAGGGGCUGGCUUUUUUAAAACUGGUUUUAUUUUAAUUUUUAUUAUAUUUUCAGUUUUUCCAUAAAGGAACCAAUUCCAACUCUG